AUGCGGCCGCCGCUCUACCGCUGUCACAACACCACCUCGGUGGAGAAGGGCAACUCGGCGACAGUGAGCGGGGUGCUCUUCAGCGCGGGCCUCCUGGGCAACCUGCUGGCCCUCGGGCUGCUGGCGCGCUCGGGGCUGGGGUCGUGCCCGCCGCGCCCGCCGCCCUCGGUCUUCUACGUGCUGGUGUGCGGCCUGACGAUCACGGACUUGCUGGGCAAAUCCCUCGUGAGCCCCUUCGUGCUGGCCGCCUACGCGCAGAACCGGAGCCUGUGGGGACUGGUGCCCGCGUCGGGCAGCUCCCUGUGCCAAGCCUACGCCUUCUUCAUGUCCUUCUUUGGGCUUGCCUCGACGCUGCAGCUCCUGGCCAUGGCCCUGGAGUGCUGGCUGUCCUUGGGGCACCCCUUUUUCUACCGACAGCACAUCACCCUGCGCCGCGGCGCGCUCGUGGCGCCGGUCAUCGGCGCCUUCUGUCUGGCUUUCUGCGCGCUGCCCUUCGUGGGCUUCGGGAAGUUCGUGCAGUACUGUCCCGGCACCUGGUGCUUCAUCCAGAUGGUGCACGAGGAGCGUUCGUUGUCGGUGCUGGGCUACUCGGUGCUCUACGCCAGCCUCAUGGCCCUGCUGGUCCUCGCCAUCGUGCUGUGCAACUUGAGCGCCAUGCGCAACCUCUACGCCAUGCACCGGCGGCUGCGGCGGCGCCCGCGCUGCGGAACUCCGGACCGCGUCGAGCCGGGGUCCUACGACAGGGAGGCGGCCGCGCAGCCCCUGGAGGAGCUGGACCACCUGCUGCUGCUGGCCCUCAUGACCGUGCUUUUCACUAUGUGCUCCCUGCCUUUAAUAUAUCGUGCUUACUAUGGAGCAUUUAAAACUGUCCAUGAGAAAGAUGGAAACUUUGAAGAAAUGGAAGACCUCCAAGCCUUGCGUUUUCUCUCUGUAAUCUCCAUUGUGGACCCUUGGAUUUUCAUAAUUUUCAGAACACCAGUAUUUCGGUUGUUUUUUCACAAGAUUUUCAUAAGGCCUCUAAUGUACAGAAAUUGGCCCAGCAAUUCCUGCCGAACUAACAUGGAGUCCAGUCUGUGACACUGUUUUACUACCCAGUCUCUGGAGGGAUCUAUGCUUCUUUGAAAAACCGGGAUGUAUGACUUACCAGAGAAUCCUGUUUACUGCAUUUGGCUGCAUGAGGCAACCGGGUAUUCAACACAGAGUAAAGCCCACCCAGGACUCAGUCAACCUCGUUCGAGGGUAG